UUUAGAACAUGGCGUCAAAAUCUGAAAAGUUUGGGUGUAACCCAGUUUAGUUUGUGUUUGCACAGCUAUUUUAUUGUGUCGUUGCGUGGUUUAAGUUGCAAAAAUGCGAACUGUUCUUAUGGUAGCAGAGAAGCCAUCUUUGGCCCAAUCUCUAGCUAAGAUACUCUCAAAUGGAACCUUGAACAGUAGAAAAGGCAUGAAUGGGGCUUGCUCGGUCCAUGAAUACAGGGGCAAGUUCAACGGAGAAACUGUUUACUUUAAGAUGACAUCCGUUUGUGGUCAUGUAAUGAGCUGUGACUUUAUGGGAAAGUACAAUAACUGGGACAAGGUUGAUCCGGUUGAGCUUUUUCAAGCACCCAUUCAGAAGAAGGAGGCCACACCAAACCUACACAUGCCUGCCUUCCUGAGAAAGGAGGGUCAGGGUGCUGACUAUCUUGUUCUUUGGCUGGAUUGUGACAAGGAAGGCGAGAACAUCUGCUUUGAGGUUAUUGACUGUGUGGAGCCCAUGAUGAACAGAGCACAUGGGCAGCAAAUCUACCGAGCCAAAUUCAGUGCAAUCACAGAUACUGAUAUCAAGAGAGCCAUGCAGAACCUGGGAGAACCAAACAAGAACGAGGCUCUGUCUGUGGAUGCCCGCCAAGAGUUGGAUCUGAGGAUAGGGUGUGCUUUCACCAGGUUCCAGACCAAGUUCUUCCAGGGCAAGUACGGAGACCUGGACAGCACUCUGAUAUCUUACGGUCCAUGUCAGACCCCGACACUGGGCUUCUGUGUGGAGAGACAUGACAAAAUCCUGUCCUUCAAGCCUGAGGCCUACUGGGUGAUUGAUGUACAGAUCACACAUCCUGAUGGGAAGGAGUUGAAGCUGGAGUGGGACAGGGUGAGGAUAUUUGACAAGGAAGUCGCACAGAUGUUUGUCAACAUGAUCAAGUCCAGUGAUGGAGCAAGGGUGCUGGGUGUUGUCACCAAGGAGAAGAGCAAGGCUCGCCCCAUGGCCCUCAAUACAGUCGAGAUGCUACGAGUGGGAAGUUCCGGACUCGGUAUGGGCCCCCACCAUGUGAUGCAGAUAGCGGAGCGUCUCUACACCCAGGGCUACAUCAGCUACCCCAGGACCGAGACAACGCACUAUCCAGAAAACUUUGACCUCAAGGGCACCCUGAGGCAGCAGCAAUCUCACCCUGACUGGGGCAACUUCGUCCGCGACCUCCUCAACAAGGGCAUUCAGAGACCCAAGAAAGGAUCUGAUGCAGGUGACCAUCCCCCCAUUACUCCGAUGAGGUCAGCCACGAGCGCAGAGCUGGAGCAUGACGCCUGGAGAUUGUACGACUACAUCACCAGACAUUUUAUUGGAACUUUGGCUCCAGACUGCACGUACUUACAAACAACCGUAUCAUUUGAGAUUGGUGCCGAGUUAUUUUCCUGCUCUGGUAAAACAUUGCUCGACCCCGGGUACACGGACGUCAUGUCGUGGCAGGCCAUUACCAGUGAUGAGGAAAUGCCACGCUUUCACCGGGAUCAGAUGCUCAGCUUCAAGGAUGUGAAGCUUAACGAGCGACAGACUUCGCCCCCUGACUACCUCACAGAGAGUGAGCUGAUCACUCUGAUGGAGAAACAUGGUAUCGGCACCGACGCCAGCAUCCCCGUCCACAUCAACAACAUCUGUGAGAGGAACUAUGUCAACAUCAUCGCCGGCCGAAAGCUAAAGCCCACCCCACUUGGUAUUGUACUGGUGCAUGGGUACCAAAAGAUUGAUGCUGACCUUGUGUUGCCCACAAUGAGGUCAGCCGUGGAGCAACAGCUGAACCUCAUCUCCCACGGCAAGGCAGACUUCUACGCAGUCAAGCAGCAUGGUUUGGACAUAUUCCACAGGAAGUUCCGAUACUUUGUUGAGAAUAUCAACGGUAUGGAUGAACUGUUCGAAGUCACUUUCUCAUCCCUGGCCGACAGUGGUCGACCUCUGUCAAGGUGUGGCAAGUGUCGACGCUACAUGAAGUAUGUUCAAGCAAAACCUUCCCGGCUGCACUGCUCCAUGUGUGACGAGACGUACUCCCUGCCGCAGAACGGCAACAUUAAGCUCUACAAGGAACUCCGGUGUCCGCUAGACGACUACGAGCUGGUGUUGUGGACAACUGGCUCCAAGGGCAAGAGUUAUCCAUUGUGUCCAUACUGCUACAACCACCCUCCCUUCAAGAACAUGAGGAAGGGGAUGGGUUGUAACGAGUGUACACACCCGUCCUGCCAACACUCCCUCUCGCAGACCGGCAUCUCGGAGUGCGUGGAGUGCGAGUACGGCAUCCUCGUCCUGGACCAGACGUCAGGACCCAAGUGGAGGAUGGCCUGUAACAAGUGUAGCGUGGUAAUCAACUUCUUUGACAAUGCUUCCAAGAUUACCAUCGGUGAAGACACCUGUGACGACUGUGGUGCUAAUACUGUUGUUGUGCAGUACAAGAGCAAGUCUCCGUUCCCUAACGGCGAUGAAGAGCAUACGGGGUGUGCCUUCUGUGAUGCCGUCUUCAAGUCACUCAUGGAGAAACACUACGCCAUCAACAUGUCAAACCGCCGCGGACAUGGUGGCAGAGGACGUGGAGGGAGAGGAAGAGGUGGGCGUGGCCGUGGCAGGGGUCGGGGACGAGGAAAACCAAAGGACAAGAUGGCUCAACUUGCUGCUUAUUUUGUAUAGGAUUAAAUGGAGACCUUUUACAUCU